GGUUUACUGUCAAUCCUGCGUAAACUGAAAAGCACCCCAGAUCAGGAGGUGAGGAUCCUCCUCUUGGGACUGGAUAAUGCAGGCAAGACCACACUCCUGAAACAGCUGGCAUCUGAGGACAUCAGCCACAUCACGCCAACACAGGGCUUUAACAUCAAAAGUGUACAGUCUCAAGGCUUCAAGCUGAACGUAUGGGACAUAGGUGGACAGAGGAAGAUCAGGCCGUACUGGAGGAACUAUUUUGAAAACACUGAUAUCCUUAUCUAUGUCAUUGACAGUGCAGAUAGGAAGAGGUUUGAAGAAACGGGUCAGGAGCUGGCUGAGCUUCUGGAUGAAGAAAAGCUUAGUGGAGUCCCCGUGCUCAUAUUCGCUAACAAGCAGGAUUUGCUGACGGCUGCCCCUGCUUCGGAGAUUGCUGAGGGACUGAACCUACACACAAUCCGGGACAGAGUCUGGCAGAUCCAGUCUUGUUCAGCUCUUUCAGGAGAGGGAGUACAG